AGCCGACUUGGGGCGCUGUCCGCGGUCGUGGCACCGGGUGCGAACAUCAUCUGCGGCAAGAUUCCGGGACUGUCGCCACGGCAGCGGGCGCUGUGCCGGAGCCGUCCAGACGCGAUGGUCGUGGUCGGUGAGGGCGCGCGGCUGGGAAUCGGCGAGUGCCGGCACCAGUUCCGAUUCAGCCGCUGGAAUUGCUUGGCGCUGGGUGAGGAGACGGUGUUCGGCCAGGAGCUCAAAGGCGGUAGCCGAGAAGCGGCCUUCCAGCACGCGGUGAUCUCGGCCGCCGUGGCGUACGCCAUCACGGCGGCGUGCGGCCGGGGCGACCGGAGCGAGUGCGGCUGCGACGGCGCCAAGCGGGGCGGCUUCUACGACGCGCAGGGGGGCUGGCGCUGGGGCGGCUGCUCGGCCGACCUCAGCCACGGCCUCGAGUUCUCGCGCCUCUUCGUGGACGCGCGCGAGGUCAAGCGGAACACGCGCACGCUCGUGAACCUGCACAACAACGUCGCCGGGCGCAAGGUGCUGGAGGAGAAGAUGAAGCCGGUGUGCAAGUGCCACGGAGUGUCGGGCUCGUGCACCACCAGGACGUGCUGGGCCACGCUGCCCCAGUUCCGCGAGGUGGGCUCCGCGCUCAAGCGCAAGUACGACGAGGCGGUCCACGUGGAGCCGGUGCACGCCGGCCGCUACCGCCGCCGCUACCCCGCCUUCCUCAAGACGAGGCGCUCGCGCGCCCACCGCAAGCCGCUCCGCACGGAGCUCGUGUUCACCAAGAGCUCGCCCAACUACUGCGAGGAGGACUGGCUGACGGGCAGUGUGGGCACGCGCGGCCGCCCGUGCGACCGCAAGUCGCCGCACGCCGACGGCUGCGAGCUGCUGUGCUGCGGCCGCGGCUACAACACGCGCCAGUACACGCGCUCGUGGCAUUGCGAGUGCAAAUUCCGCUGGUGCUGCUACGGGCGCUGCAGCGCGUGCACCUGGUUCCACACGGACACCAGGCCCCGGGUCCCACAGCCUCGCCUCUGA